UACGAUCAAAGGAAGUGUUAAUACAGGAAGGAUGGUGUGGAACUUACCAUACCCCGAAUUCCUCAAAAGAAGAGAAGAAGGAUGAUGCUUUCGAUGUGGGGGGCCUUUCGCUCCCGGCCACCGCUGCUCGGAGACGAGUUUACGCGUUCUGCUUUUGGCGGAGGAUGAGGAGGAUGACGCAAGCGACGGGUAGAAUCGGAGCUGAAACCUAUGGAAUUGUCUGCUUGCUCGGCAGAGGGGUUGACUCAGCCCAAAACUAUGAAGUUGAAUGGAAUGAUAGGAGACCGGGGGGUACUAGUACUCAUUGACAGCGGGGCCAGUCACAACUUUAUUAGCCGGAGAUUGGCGGAAGAGCUGAAGUUGUCCAUAGAAGACACACCUCCUUAUCAGGUGAGUUUGGGCGAUGGUCAGAGAAGGGAGACGAGAGGGUGUUGUGAGAAGGUAGAAAUUAUUCUGGCAGAGGCAGCAGUUGAGGAGAGACUCCAUUUAUUCGAACUGGGCGGUGUAGAUGUCAUCUUGGGGGUUGAAUGGCUAGCUAAACUAGGGGAGGUGAUGAUAAAUUGGAAAGAAAUGACCAUGGGGUAUAACCUGGAGGGUAAGAAGGUGAUGAUACAAGGUGACCCCGCUUUGCCCCGACAGUUGGUUGAACCUCAGGCUUUAUUAAAGUUGACAGAUGCUGAGUCAUGGGUGAUGGUUUGGGAUCGGGGCCAAGUGGAGAAAGAGGUGGACGGUGAGGGACCAGUUGACUUGACAGGUGAGCAGAAAGCAGAGGCAGUGCUGCAGGCGCACUACCGAGUAUUUCAGGAGGUGCAGGGCUUACCACCACCUCGUGAUACAAAGCAUCCUUACAGAAUAAAAUUUGAGACUUGGAAAUUGGGUUUGAUCGAGAGACAAAAAAUUAUGGUCAGAAGAGAUCUUGAGACUGGCGGUGGGAGAACCAAGAACAACAGAACAGAGGAAAACUACACUGCGCAUGAGUCUUCUAAUCUUUACGAAGCUGAUACCAAUUGGACAUCAUGGCUGGUUCCUAUGUUUGUGGUUGCUAAUAUUGUUGUUUUUCUUAUUUCCAUGUACAUCAACAAUUGUCCCAAGAAUAACCUCGGUCCCCAAGGUGGCUGCAUGGCCAAGUUCCUUGGAAGGUUCUCCUUCGAACUUAUGCAGGAGAAUCCGUUGCUUGGUCCUUCUUAUUCAACAUUGACCAAGAUGGGAGCCCUUCGGUGGGAUAAUGUUGAGAACGGGCAUCAAGGAUGGAGACUUGUCACUUGCAUUUGGUUACACGCUGGGAUUAUUCAUUUGCUUGCUAACAUGUUGAGUCUAGUAUUCAUUGCGAUUCGUCUGGAACAGCAAUUCGGGUUUGUGAGGAUUGGAGUUAUAUACCUGGUGACUAUCCAGGAUCAAUAUCCUGAGUUCAACCUUGUGGACAAGGUUGUUGAAGGAGAAAAGGGUAAUGUUAGGACAUAGGGUAUUUGGAUAUAAUGGGAAAGGGGAUUAGGAUAGGAGGCAGAGGAGUUGUAUAAAUAGUUGUUUGUUUAGUGGAGGGGGGACUUUUGGCAGUUAGGUUGUUGACAGGCUUUGUCCUGUGGAGGGGGUUAAGCCCUUUGUAUCUGUAGUUGCACAGACCAUUCUUUUGUGAAUAAUACUCAGUUUAAUUCUUUUUUCUCUAUUGUGUACCUGUUACGUGUGGUGUUUGGAGCGUUCUUGAUUAGGUUUCUCUUUCG